UCAGCCAGGUGUCAUCAAUCAACAAAUUACUGCCUGACUCAUAUAAAGGCAGCAUUGUGAGUUUCAGUGCGCAAUUCCCGUCUCAUCUUUGAACAAACAGAACUGCCUGAAGAUGUCUGGUCGUGGGAAGAAAGCUGUGCCAAAGCCAAAAUCCGCAGUUUCCCGGUCUUCCAGAGCAGGGAUCACUUUCCCAGUAGGCCGCAUCCACAGGCUACUCAGGAAAGGCCACUACGCUGAGCGAGUUGGAAAUGGUGCCGCAGUGUACCUCGCAGCUGUCCUGGAGUACCUCUGCGCUGAGAUCCUGGAGCUGGCAGGAAAUGCCAGUCGUGACAACAAGAAGCAACGCAUUGCUCCUCGCCACAUCUUGUUGGCAGUGAAAAAUGAUGAGGAGCUCAACAAACUGCUGGCAGGGGUCACAAUCUCAGAUGGUGGUGUCCUCCCAAAUAUCCAGGCAAGCCUUCUCCCCAAGAGGACCAAGGCACUCAAGGAUGAUAGCUCUGAUAAAGAUGUUCAGUCUCAAGAGUUUUAAUAUAAAGUUUUGAAAAUUUUUUUUUUUGUAAUGCAAUAAAUUGUCUUUUUAAAACUA